AUGCAAUGCUUUUCAGUGCGCUCCUUGGAAUGGAAGCUCUUCCUCUACUCUGCAGCAAGCGGUGGCUUUGCUUGUGCUGUGUUUUGGAAUGCUUUGACAGGGGACUUUGUGUACGAUGACACGUAUGCGAUCGUUCAGAAUCCUGACGUGUACUCUUCAUCACCAAUGGCGAAUUUGCUCAAGAACGACUUUUGGGGGUUUCCGCUUCAGUCGGAGAAAAGCCACAAGAGUUUUCGACCACUGACCACUCUGACGUUUCGCGUCCAGAUGACUCAAAUGGCAAACACUGCUGACAAACAGGCUGCAAACGUGAUGCAUCGCAUCAAUGUGAUACUUCACGGCAUCAACACAGCCUUGUUGAUUCCACUUUACCGGAAGUUCGGCUUCAGUGGCAAGGAAUGCUUCGUUGCCGGCAUGCUCUUCGCAUGUCAUCCAGUGCAUGUCGAAGCAGUUGCGAAUCUAGUCGGUCGUGCUGAGCUUCUUGCAACGCUAUUCACCGUAUUGAGCAUUCUAUUAUGGUCGCCAUCCAACAAGCGUUGGCCUUUGUCGAUGCUUUUGGGUUCACUGGCUCUGCUUUGCAAGGAGACGGCGGCAGUCGUAGCUCUUCCGAUGUGUACAGUCAUGCAAACACUUGAAUCGCUCAAGAAGCCUUCAUCUCGACUGAAGACGGUGCUGCCCUUGCUGCUCUUGGCCGUGCUGCUAGUUGCGCGGGUAUCGCUGCACGGCGGUAUCCAUCAGCGUCCUUUUCUCCAUCGUGAAUCCAAUCCUGCAGCUUUCGCAGAGAACAUGGCGACACGGAUUCUCAGCCUUCACUUCUAUCUUUACAGGCAUUUGGUGCUACUUCUAUGGCCGAACCCGCUCUGCUGUGAUUGGAGCUAUGGUUCCAUUCCACUCCUCCACAGUUUUGCAGAUAUGCGAAGUUUUGGGCCUUUCUGCGUCAUCUACGGGCUUCCUGCGGCUUUGCUUGGGCUGGCCAGCAGCCAUGCGUCUCGUACUUACCAUCGAGGACUCUUGCUAUCCAGUGCUCUCAUGGCUUUGUCAAUAGUGCCUUUCUCGAACGUCUUGUUCACUGUGGGUUUUGCCGUCGCCGAACGCGUGCUGUAUCUUCCAUCUAUAGCAGCCUGCUCCAUCAUUGGUCAUAUUAUCUGCGUGUCUUUGCCGGCUCAUGGACCGCCGAGCAGGCUUUGGAGAUGUGUGAUAUUUCUCAUUGUCGUCAUGUGGUGUGGAAGUUGGGCUCGCAGCUGCUUGAAGCAAAGUCUGGUCUGGGGGACAGCAGAGUCGUUGUAUCGUGCCGGCGUUGAUGCGAAUCCUUCCAAUGAGAAGCUCCAUGAUCUUCUGGCUACUAGACUUCAGAACAGUGGCGGUAAUCUUCAGGAGGCCAUGUGGCAUGCUGAAGAGGCUAUUCGGCUCAAUGACGACUACUGGCAUGCUCAUGCCACUUUGGGUCAGCUUAGAUCAAGUGGUGGUGACAGGUCAGGUGCCAUUGCCAGCUACACGAAAGCGCUACGUUUGGCUGAAGAACAGCAGUUGGACACUGUGGCAGAUGCCCCCAAAGUUCGGCUCAAUCUUGCAGUUCAACUCCAAGAUGUAGAUCGACAGGCAGCCGAGGGGCAUUUUCGUCGGCUUUGCCUUCUACCGGGCUCUGAUCCACUCCGGGCAAUGGGCCUUGUGAUUUUUGGUGCAUUUCUGGAAUCCGGAGCCCGGGGCCGUCAAGAGCCUCUUGAAGAAGCGGCGUACAUGUAUGAGGAGGCGCUGAGGUCCAGCGCCCUCGAACAAAGAAGUGCUGCGCAUCUGCGCCUGGGAUCAGUCAUCCGCAGGCUUGCGUUGACCUACAAUGAAAGCCUCAUAGGACGUGGAGUCGGUGCCCUUGUUGCUCCAAGUUGCUCUGAGAGGAGUGCCACUCUUCAAACUGGCUCCAGGAUACCCGGUACAUGGUGGCAGGUGUGGAAGUGCAUGAUGGAAUUCAAGCUUGAGACAGAGGGGUGCCACAAGGAGAUGGACCUUGUAGUGCUGGGACCUUGCCACUCUUCCCCAGGGAACUUGGCCUUAGCCGAGAAGGCCUGGCGAAUCUUUCGUGGAUGCAUGGCGAAGGAGGCUCUGGCGGAAGGCGCGAGAAGGUUCUUCUGA